GAGGCAUGCAUAUCAACAGAAGAUUGUUUAUCGGUGUUUUGUUGUGCUGACGCAUCUAAUGGGGCUUCGGAGAUAAUCGGCCAUAUCCGGAAACUGUCGACGAUACCUUUAAUCCAACACCAGCCUAGUCUUCACAGCCAGCACCGCCAUCAUGCCCGGGGAGGACAAACCCCCACAGACCCGCCAGAGGAAGAAGAACAAAAAGUCCCGCUCCAAGGGGAAGAGCCCGAGCGCCGGUCCCGGUGUGGUAGGCUCCAUCGAGGACCAGGAUGACCUCCUCUUACCCCCAGUGGCCGCGCCUCCCCCUAAAAAGGAGGAUAAGCCCAAAGUGUCUGCGGCCAAAGUGGAGGAUGAGUCCUCCAUCGCUAUCUGCCUUCAGGUGCUGUUUCCCUACCUGCUGGCCGGGAUGGGCAUGGUGAUGGCCGGCCAGGUGCUGGACAAUGUUCAGGUGAGGGCAGGAAACAGUGAAGUGAGAAUGUGA